CUCUGCGCUGUGUGUUGUGCACUUGUCAUUGUUCAAUGUGGAGUGGAGGGAGUGCUGCGGCUGUCACACGAUGGCUCAGCCUGGUCAACAAGGAGCCUGAGGGCAACACCCAGAGCGGAGAUCAGGAGCCAUCAGCCUUCCUGCGACAAUGCCAACUCUUCAUCGUGCAAUCUAGAUGCUACAGCUACCAUUCGGAGAGGAGCACCGUUUCACUAAAAUGAGCUAUGCAAAUGAAUAUGACAUAUCUAGGACCAUACCCUGUAUCUGACAUCUCAGGAAGAAGCAAUAUUUGGGUGUGAGCCGUGUAUCCUGGGAGCCAUACCAUGUAUUUAACAUUCUCCAGAAAAUCUGUGUCACAGAAACUGAGCCUUUUACUUCUUGCCUUUGGCUUCGUUUGGGGGCUGAUGUUACUACGCUAUACUUUUCAGUAUCCCACACAUCAAAGCAGCUCAGAGCUCCGAGACCAGAUUUUAGACCUCAGCAGAAGAUAUGUCAAGGCCUUAGCUGAAGAGAAUAAAGACCUUGUUAAUGGAGGGAAUGGAGGAUCCAUGGCAGGAUAUGCUGAUCUGAAGAGGACAAUUGCAGUUCUUCUGGGCGACAUCCUUCAACGCCUCGGGAAGUUAGAGAACAAAAUUGACUAUUUUAUUGUGAAUGGAUCAUCCAGUAACGGCACUAACAGCACCACGGGGAAUCCAGUUCUAGCUACUAGUAAACGCAUCCCAGCCUCCAGAAAGAGAUGAUAUCCACAAAGAAGGACGAGCGUUCCAUGCCAAGCUGAUGGAAGGAGUUCACCACAACCUCUCCAGCUAGAAGAAUUGGAUGUAAGCUGCUUAGUCGAGAGCUUUAAUGUGAGGAAAGACUGCGCUCAUGUCAUGUGCUCAGCACUUGGCACAAUUCAAGCAUAACUGGCCAUAUUUUUAGACAAUAGGAUGUUUCUAUAUGGGUGAAUUUUAUUAUUCAGUUUUGAUUUGUUCUAGAAUAUAUACUUUAGUACUGUAUAGUGAUGAAAGAAAAUAUUUUGAACCUGUUGUACAGAAGCGUAUGCUUGUAGUAUAUUAUAUUUUGCUACUCCUGAGUGUUUAAAAAAAUAAGCGCACUUUGAAAUCACCUCGGCCCUAGUUCAUCAAGUUGCAAUGCAUUUAAAGAACUACAGGCAUGAUUACUCUUAA